AAUUUGUCUUAUUUAUUACUCAAGCAAGCAUUAGUUAAUGUUUAUUGAGCGGAAAUAGUAACAAAAUAAAUUAUUUUGUUGCCGUUCAACAGAGGACGCAAAAGUUCAUACAUGUAUAUACAUAAUAAAUCAGUUCAAAGAAAGUCAAAAGCCAAAUAAUAAAAGACAAAGAACGUGAUGUGUUGUUCAAUUUAUUUUAAUUAUGAAAAUUGCAAAUCCGCGAAACUUUUAAUAAUUUUAAAUUAAAUACAUCGUUUAAUUGCUGAAAACAAAAAAAAUGUUCUAACUAACAAAGGAUUCUCCGCAGAUUAAUGACGACCUGUAGACAGUUACAAUGUACCCAAAUGUACAACCGCGUCUCAAAUAUCCGCAAAUAUUUCAGCAAUCUACUAAGAAAAGUCAAAUAUUGCGGUUACGGGCAAUUUGGAGGACAUCGAUCACAGGAUCGUGCAGAGUGCCUAUAGCCGGCAUAAUUAUGAUGAUAGUAUUUGCAAAUUUCAGUUAUUUGGUACAAACGCACAAUUGUCAACAUUACUAUCCUAAAGCUUCUGAUGUUAUUCACGGUGUUCAGACACAGACUAUUCAUGUUCCGACGAAAGAUGGUAACAAUGCAUUUAGUAAUUCAAGGGAGAAACGAAGCAUAGUGGAGAAGCCGUUGCGGAUUUCAUUAUUCUAUGACGAAUCGGUUCUAAGUUUGGAUACCAGUAAAUUUAUUCUUAUAAACGAAACUGUGCUACCGGAAGCUUUACAAUUUUGGGCGAAAGCAUUAAUGGUGCAGCAGAUAAAGGGACCUAUUCGGCUUAACAGAAAAUGUAAUAGUACUCAGGUAUUUGUGAAAGGCGGUCUAACGCACUGUAUAGACAAUUGUAAAGCCGUGACCAUGUGCGGCGAAGUUGAAGUUCCUUAUGAACAUCUAGAUAUAUGUCGUGUAUGCAACGCAUCUGGUCAAAAUUGUCGAAUUGAUAAUAGUACAGAGGCAGGCGAAGGAAUUCAAAAUUCUGAUUUCAUAUUCUAUGUAUCGGCCCGGCAAACCGAACGUUGUCAUAAGGGACUCACAGUAGCAUACGCCGCUCAUUGCCAGCAAGAAGCUACUUUGGAUCGGCCAAUAGCAGGUCAUGCAAAUUUAUGUCCGGAUAGUAUAAGCACUAAACCGCAAGAGCUGCAGACACUUAUAUCGACAGUGAAGCACGAAAUUUUACAUGCAUUAGGUUUUUCAGUUAGUUUAUAUGCGUUUUUUCGUGAUGCUAAAGGAAAGCCUAGAACACCUCGUAAGCCCGAUACUGGCAAACCUCACUUAAAUGAAAAGCUGCAAAUUCAUCAAUGGAGCAAUAAUACUAUUCGCAAAGUUAUUAGAGAAAAUUGGUCAGUGAGGGGAGGCCAUGUACGCAGAGAAAUCGAUAUGAUGGUAACGCCUAAAGUCGUGGAGGAGGUUCGUAAACAUUUUAACUGUGAUAAGUUGGAGGGGGCCGAAUUAGAAGAUCAAGGAGGUGAGGGCACUGCCUUAACACAUUGGGAGAAACGCAUUUUAGAAAAUGAAGCCAUGACGGGAACGCAUACACAAUCACCUAUAUUCUCACAUAUAACGUUGGCACUAAUGGAAGAUUCCGGUUGGUAUAAACCAAAUUAUAGCAUGGCUAAUUCGUUAUCAUGGGGUAAAGGGCUGGGUUGCAAUUUUGUCAUGCGCAGCUGUAAAGACUGGAUUCAACUGAACAAUGCAAAAGGACACAGUAUACAUCCAUUUUGUUCGAAAGUCAAACAGGAACCUUUACAGACCGAAUGUACAAAUGACCGCACUUCCGUAGCAUUGUGUAAUUUAAUUCGACAUGAGACAGAGCUACCGUCGAAAUAUCAGAAUUUCGACAGCAUCAACGACAUUAAAGAAGGUGAUGAAGGUUAUUAUGGCGGAUCGGUAUCCCUGGCUGAUCAUUGUCCUUAUAUUCAGGAGUUCACUUGGCGCAACAAAAAUAUAAUUGUUAGAGGUUCACAUUGUAAUUUUGUCGAAAAUAAUCCAAAACCAGAAAAAAAUUACGCUUUAGAAAACUAUGGCCAAAAUUCGAAAUGUUUUGAUCACGGCGAAUCAAUGUGGGAGGAACGAACAUGCCAUCAUACAAGAGAAUGGCAGCACUGGGGCUCUGGUUGCUAUAAUUAUCGUUGUGAUGACGGGCGCCUUCAUAUUUUGGUUAGUAAUUACAGUUAUUCUUGCCAUUUUCCCGGACAACGGCUUGCUAUUAGCAUUGAAUCGAAUGGUUGGCUUCACAAAGGAACCAUUAUAUGUCCUCGAUGUGAGGAAUUAUGCGGUGAACAUUUUAAUGCUCGAGGCGAGGAGUGUCGAUUUCGAGAGGAAGCUCCUCCCGCCACCAAAUAUCCACGAGAUUAUCUACAAUGUGAUGCAUGCAAUUUGUAUUUUUGCCAUUCUAUGCUUUUAUUAACAUCGGUUAUAGUCUUUUUAAGUGUGCAUGUGUGAUUAUGGUUAGAUUUACGAACAAACGCGUUUAGCGAUACAUUUAGUGCAUUUUUUUUUCCUAACUGUAUUAUAUAUCUUUGUAUAUUUUAUGUAGUUAUCUAAUGUGUAUAAAUUUAGAAAUUAUUCAAUGGUUCUAAAAUCAGUUAUUAGCAUAAAUUCUGUAAUUAAGCUAAGAUUAUUAACUGUUAGUGUCGCUGAAGGUUUUCUUUUCGUUUUUUUUUUUUUUUUGCUAUCGCUAUUACAAAGACGAAGCAGAGAACUUUUUCAUAUAAGAAUGUUUAUAAACAUCACCAUAUGAUAGGUGUCCUUCAUGAUUCUGUCCUUCUGUCUGUAACAUUGGAAAGUGUUUGUAUUCUGUUCUUCCGUUUGCUUAUGAUCGCAAAAUUGAAAUACAAAGUGAAAAUUUAUAAUGUAAACUUGUUGAAACAUUUGAAAAUGUAGAACCAGUCAGUAAUAUGUCCACAAUGUGUCCACAAAAGUUGAACCUCGGUUUUAAGCUCAAUGCAAGUAUUUACGGAUGCCACAGAAGUACCCAGGGUUUAAAAUUAGGAUCUGCCGCGAAGUCGCACACUAAUACAAAGCCUUCAUUUGGUAAGCGAUAAUUGGCACCCCAAAGAGUAGAACAGUAGCUGUAAAUGGCGACCUUACUACUGCAGACUGAAAAGAAAGCGGGUAUGGGUCCCUUACAUCACCGAGCGCUGAGCUAAAUCGCGUACGAAUGCGCUCUAAACACAAGCUAGUGCACAUUCUUCUUAAGACCAAUUCAAGUUGAAUAACCGACAGCCUUCCACUUGAGAAAAUAUUUUCAAACCAUAAUAGGUUAAGGUUUAAGAUUUGCCGAGGUGAUGAUUAUCAAAGAAUCGUUUCCCAGGCGAAUAACUUGUUAAAUUUAUUAUCUAAUGGAUUGUUGCCUUACGUCUGUUUAACUUUUCGCAACAUUUUUCACCGCAACGUCAGAUUAAUUACGAAAACUGUAAAUUUUGCGCAUUAAUGUAUUUUUAAGAGUUUUAAUUUACAUUUUAAAAGUAAUCAAUCCAAUCUGCAUUUUAACAAACUACAAGUAUUUUUUCUAUUGUAUUGUAUGCGCUUUCAUUCCAUGCAAAGAUCUAUUUUAUAUCGCGAGUUAUAUUGUCAAGUUUUUAAGAAAAUUUAACAAUAUUUCUUUAUAUUAUAGAUUUUAUUUACAAAAAUAUUUACAUAUU